UGUAGCUUGACAAUACGAGCUGACAGGCUUCAGUAGCUCGCUACUAGUUGGGAGCUUCGAAGGUGCUGCAUCUCGUUAGGUAUAGUACACAUGCAAUCUGCCGAUCCGGCUUUCUUGUGGUCAUACGGUAUUGACGCGUCGUUCUUGUGGGCCCCUUGUGGGUGGCAUGCACGACGCCGCACGACAGUUACCACGGUUUCAGUUUGAGCCACGACGGUUACUUAGCUGUCUCUAGUUGCUACAGUGUUCAGCGGAUCUGUCUUUAACGGAGCGGCGCACGGGAUUGUACAACAGGAGUCCGGAUUUCUGACGGUUCAGGCAUCAUGUGGCUGUCCACACGCAGGUGACUCGGACCAAACCUUCUCGGUCCAGCUGUCUCCCUCGCCGGCUAAUCUUGUCGCAGCCUUCCUUGACCUAGCGAACGAAACCUGCCCAUGUGCUCUAGGUUGUAGUAGUGUCGCAUCAGCACUCGCUCGCCGAGCGAGUGCACUCACUACUGUGAUGCGUAGCACUAGUACUGCCUCUCACUACACUCGCUGCACGCGUCCAUCAGAAUGACGUUAUCCGUCCAAUCCGUAGGCCGCAGAGCAUUGCCGUCGAAGCCUGGGGUUUGUCGUCGGUCGCCGCUAUGCGACGAACCCUCAUCGCUGGGGCAUCACCGAUUCCCUCCUCCACACGGGUCCUGGCUACGACCUACCAUUGCCCUGCUACUACCACUGCCCUGCUACUACCAUUACCCUGCUACUACCACUGCCCUGCUACACAUUACCGUGGUGUCUCUGCCGGGCCAUCACGCGGGACUCUCGAGUCUGGCAUGGGGCGACGGCGUCGCGACGGCGGCGGCGGCGGGCAGUCAUCGACUCGAAGCUCCGAAGCUCCACUCAACUCGGCCUCUCUUUCUACUCUCCCAAGGAGUAUAUAUACUCGCUCGUCGGCCCCCGUCACUUCAUCCCGCCGUUUCUCUCCACCAACAACUGGUGACUAGUACCAGACGACUAGCUCUCUCCGACAGGACCCCUCUCUGCUACCCCUCGUAGCAGCUCCUAGAGCUAUCGCUGGAUCGCGGUUCGCUAGUAGCCGCCUAUCCAGUCCCCUGCGGAAGCAGCAGCGGCAGCGCAAUGGCCUCGCGACGGGCGGGGACCGUCAAUGAAAGCCGCGGUACUGUGUUCUCCGCGCGGCUUCUCCCCCUCCUCGUCCUCGCCUUGGCGCUCCAAGCGGCGCCCACCGCGUCCGCGCGCCACUGGUUCUGGAACCACGGCCUCUUCCCCGUCGUUGCGGACCCUGCGCCGGUCGCCGCCAUUCCGCCGGGCUCCGCGGCCGUGGCGGGCUCCGCCGGGACGGUCGCUGCCGCCGCAGGCGAUGGGUCGUCCGAGACGAUCCCUGUGACAAUACUUUCGAAUGAGACGAUGCCUCCUAGUACGCGGACGGUUCCGCCAUCGCCGCCCCACCAGCUUACAGCAGCCCCGCUGGCGCCGGUGCCGACAACCCCGCGUGAGCCAGCCGCGCCGGCACCGGCCCCUGCCCCGCUCGAGGCAGCUCCGCCGGCGGCAUCCCCCCCGGCGGCAGUUCCUUCCGCGGAUCUGUGCUACGAUGUGGCCCCUGUGGACCCGCGGAUCGUGUCGGGGGCUAAGCCCGACCCGUGCGCUGCGCUGGCGGCGGAGCUGAAGCGCACUGGCUUGAAGAAAAUGGGGGGCAAGACCGACGGGAUGGGAUUCGCGGCGCCUUCCUUGUUCCGCGCGUGCUACGCCACAUUUCUGUUCAGGAAGGACUGCGACGUGGAGGACCUUCUGUCGAUCGCGAACACGUUCGACAAUCACUACGUGUACAAGCACAUCGCCGUGGACUCGCCGGACCAGACCAACCUGCCGAGCAGCAUCGAUAUUGUCGCGGAUCUGAGGAAAAUCGUCGCGCGCGCCGAGGCGGGGAAAUACGUGAAGCUGGUGGAUGCACAUAUGGCGGCUUACAGGGCCACGUCGGCGCUCAACGACGGGCACAGCUCUUACACGCCGGACUGCUUUGCCGGGGAGUUCAACCUGCCCCUGCCGCUGAUGGCUGUCGUCGAGAAUGGGCAGCAGAUCAUUCGCGUGGCUCCGCGCCGAUACAUCACUCCGAAGGGGAUGAAUACGGUCGCAAAGGUUCUGCACAAUUUUGACUUCGACCUUUACGAGGGCCGACAGGUGGUGGCUAUUAACGGGGACAAAGCCAAAGAUUACAUUUUGAAGUGGGCAGACAAGGAGGUCGGAACCUUUCGCAACCGGGCAGCUCGAUUCAACAAGGCGUUCGCGAGGAACGAAGUGGAGAAGUCGCUCAUGGGGACCGACAUCCUUCAGGUGCCAGGCGACUUCGCCAGGCGUGGCUUUGCUCCUGGGAACGACACCUUGCUAGUAUCCUUUGCAACCAACGAUGGAGCUUCAACCGAGGAUGUCCAGGUGCCAUGGAUUGGCGCCAAAAAAAUUGAUUCAUUUGGGAACGCCACGGACUACUGGGCCAAGUUUUGUGCUGCGCAGAAGCCAUCGGGGGCAGCCGCUGGCGGUACCAGCGCUCAAACAACCACCGUUGGCAGGCACGCUGACACCCCGGUGAUUGACAGGAUUCUCCCGCGCCAUCCCCGACCUGUUUACUAUGAAGAUAUCAGUGAUAGCAGGGAUUCCAGUGAUAGCAGGGAUUCCAGUGAUAGCAGGGAUUCCAGUGAUAGCAGGGAUUCCAGUGAUAGCAGGGAUUCCAGUGAUACUGGUGAUGCCAGUGAUGCCAGUGAUGCCAGCCACACUAGUGAUGCUACAGAUGGGCUUACCGUGGAGAUUGCAUCUGUUGCUCCUGCAGCAGACGGCGCUGCUGGUGCAGCAGCGGGGCCCACUGUAGAGAGGAUAUCGCCAGCGACAGAUCAUUUCCUGGCUCACCACUCCGGGCUCACCACUCCGGGCUCACCACUCCGGGCUCACCUCUCCGGGCUCACCACUCCGGGCUCACCACUCCGGGCUCACCACUCGGGGCUCACCUCUCCGGGCUCACCUCUCCUGGCUCACCUCUCCGGGCUCACCACUCCGGGCUCACCACUCCGGGCUCACCUCUCCGGGCUCACCUCUCCGGGCUCACCACUCCGGGCUCACCACUCCGGGCUCACCACUCCGGGCUCACCUCUCCGGGCUCACCACUCCGGGCUCACCUCUCCGGGCUCACCACUCCGGGCUCACCUCUCCGGGCUCACCACUCCGGGCUCACCACUCCGGGCUCACCUCUCCGGGCUCACCACUCCGGGCUCACCUCUCCGGGCUCACCUCUCGGGGCUCACCUCUCGGGGCUCACCUCUCCGGGCUCACCUCUCCGGGCUCACCUCUCCGGGCUCACCUCUCCGGGCUCACCUCUCCGGGCUCACCUCUCCGGGCUCACCUCUCCGGGCUCACCUCUCCGGGCUCACCUCUCCGGGCUCACCUCUCCGGGCUCACCUCUCCGGGCUCACCUCUCCGGGCUCACCUCUCCGGGUUCACCUCUCCGGGCUCACCUCUCCGGGCUCACCUCUCCGGGCUCACCUCUUCGGGCUCACUGUGUACCUGGUGGGCGGCAGCACGGCUGUCAUCUGGCUGCAUGAGUACAUCCCCAGCAACCAGGAAGUGAUGGAUGAGCUGGAUGCCAGCAAGGUCGAUGUGGUGGACUACAUGCUGCACCACAUCACCAAGGCUCUCCAGACAGCAGCACAGUCCAACGCGUCUCAGAUCAUCAUUGACGUGCGGGACAACAUGGGUGGGUCCACUGUAGCAGCCUUCGCAACCAUCCGCCUGCUCAUGGGGGCCAAGAAGGUGCCGCCUUCCGACUUCACACUGCCCAUGGACUUCAUCGUCGGCACCAACUACACCGAGAAUGCCAUCGCUGUCCUUUCUGUCGACCCAACAACGCUCUACUUGGUCAAAUACACCGACCUUAAUGGGACGCCCCUCACCAGCGCCUUCGGCUACGCUCCGUUCCGCACGCUCAACUUCUCUGCGGACGGCCCUGCUGGCACCUACACUGCGCUGUUCAAGUCUCCUGACGAACCAAGCUCUGCCAAUCUCACGGCAGAGCAGCAGCAGCCGGUGUUUGGCGACCGCCCGUUCCUCGUGCUCUCGGACGGGAACUGCUUUUCCGCAUGCGCCAUUCUCACGCAUGUCCUGGGGAAACGCCACAAAGUACCCAUGGUGACCGUGGGUGGUUUGCCCAACCAGCCCCCAGAUGUGGGCUCCUCAUGCCUUGGGUUUACGCAGAUGGACAUGACACCCAUCUCAACGGCUCUGAGCGCGCUCGCUAGACUUUACCCAGAGCAGGCGUCGAAGCCGCUCAAAGUGAAAGGGGUGAUCGGGAUGGCGCUUACGAAUGGGUACGUGGAUUCGGAGAUUCCGUGCGAGUUUGAGUUCCUGCCCAGCCAGCACCACAUUGACUACACUGUGGAUCUCAUUGACAAGCCAUGGGCCAUUUGGAGCGAGGUUGCCAAGCUCUUGGCCACUGCAGCAGCCUAAUGUGGUUAUUCUCUUCACCUCAUGCUAUGAUCUCCACCUGAUGGUGGCUAUUUAUCACGCUGAUUGUGGCCUUGUAACACGCUGAUUGUGGCUUUGUAACACGCUGAUUGCGGCUUUGUGUCAUACUGAUAGUGGAUUUUUAUCAUGCGGAUUGUG